AUGACCCAAGUCCCCCAGUCCCUAUGGGGGCUGGUGGAGGAGCACGUUCAACCCCCUGAGCGGGCCGAGGUGAAGAGGAUCCUGGGCGAGGACGUGGUAGACCUGAGCUUGGAGCUGCGAGCGGAGGUGGAGAUUCUGGAGGCCCUUCUGGAGGAGGAGCGCAAGGCCGGCUGCCCUAGCUCCGCCUCCAGUCCCGUCCCCUGUUCAUUGCUGACCCCGCCCCCGCCCAUGCGGGACCUGGUGAGAGGGGAGCUCCGGCUGCUGCUGCUCAGUCUUCGCCACAAGGCGGAGCUGGAGGGCAGAGAUUCGGCCAAGGCAUGGGCCUGCUACAGCCCCAGAGUGCUACACUUUGCCCUUGGAGACCCCUGGGACAGUGUCGGGGGUGAGCUGGAGGCCCAGCUCCCAGGAUCCCCGGGCCUCAGGAGUCUCUCUCGACUGAGGAACUGCAGCCCAGACUUCAGUGCAAUCAAGGAUUGCCUCAACGUGGCCAACAUUGACCGGGUCAUCCAUCAUCUCCGGACCCUCCUGAAGGAGGAGUGCCAUGCUCUGGAAAGAGAAAUCAAAGCCCUGCAGCACCGUCUGGAAGAUGCACACAGCUCGGCAGCAGAACCCCCUGUGAUGAUGCUGGAGCCCACCCUGGCAGAAUUGAAAGAGCAGAAGAGAGCCAUGAAACAGGAGCUGCUGGAGCCCCUGAUCCCCCGAUCCCUUUGUCAGAGUUCAUGGCGGAACAAGCCCCCUGCUGCUAGCCAGCAAGGACUGGGCAGGCAGAGGAUGUACUCCGGCAAGGGCCAGGAGCUGCCCUUUUCUGGACAACAGCCCCAGGAGCCCAAGACCUGUAGCCUGCUGCCGCCCCUCACCCCUUCUCACACCCCGAUACCCCCUCAACCCCGGGCCUCAGGCACCUCCUACCACCAGAAUCGCUGGGGCCGCCGCCUCCAGUGUCAUCCUUGCAAAGGGCCCCUGACCAGUGCGGGGCCUCACACUGGGACCCCCUCCUGAUGGCUGUCGCCGGGGACCCAGGAGCCGGGAUGGGGAAUAAAGGUCCCCGCACUCGAGCCAGAGCUGUACGUGUCUGU